UGCUGUUUACACCGGUUAGAGACGUUGACGACGGCUGACCAGCGCUCCAUCUUUCGGUCUUCGUCGGAAGCACUGGCUGAGCCAUACAAAAAUAUCCCUACAGGGUUUUCCACACUUUCUGAGCCAUGGCUGCCCACUUUGCACCAACAUUUCGUACUCCUAUGACAGACCUCACUGGUGGUAUUAUGACUCACCAGUCCUUUACAAAGUGUGCAGAUUUUGAGAUGCGUGCUAUGGAAUGUCUAGAGGCAUAUGGAGUUCAUGUUGGAAGGUCAAAAUGCCAAGAUUAUCUUGAUGACCUUAGGGAAUGCAUGUUCCAGACAAAGCAGCUCGCCCGUGUCAAUGCCAUGCGCCAAGAACGACAUCGUCAGUGGAUCAUGGGAGAGCGGUCAAGUGAAAACCAUUAUGCACCAGCAGCUCGAAUCGAUGGCUAUUAAUUUUUUUCAUUAUAGACAUUUUAUUUAUAUGAUACUUGAAUUGAAUUAUGUACAGUAAAACUGAGACAAAUUUUAGGACAUUUUAUUAAAUUCAAUUUUUGAUUAGGGGUAUUUUACCACACACACACACACACACACACACACACACACACACACACACACACACACACACACACACACACACACACACACACACACACACACAC